AUGGUCGUCUACAACUUUAAGAAGAUCCAGACCGUGCCCACAGCCAAUGACUUUAUCGACAUUGUGCUCACGCGCACGCAGCGCAAGACGCCGACGGUGAUCCACCCGACGUAUGCCAUCUCGCGGAUCCGAGCGUUUUACAUGCGCAAGGUCAAGUUCACGCAGCAGACGUGCCAGGAGAAGCUCAGCCAGAUCAUUGACGACUUUCCUCGCUUGGACGACCUCCAUCCUUUCUACGCUGACUUGAUCAAUAUCUUGUACGACCGCGACCACUACAAACUCGCGCUGGGUCAAGUGAACACGGCACGAGCUCUGAUCGACAACAUUGCCAAGGAUUAUGUACGCAUGAUCAAGUACGGCGACUCGCUCUACCGCUGCAAGCAGCUCAAGCGCGCUGCACUGGGUCGGAUGUGCACGCUCCUCAAGAAGCAAAAAGCGUCGCUCGAGUACCUUGAAGAGGUGCGCAAACACUUGUCGCGACUACCAUCUAUUGAUCCAAACACACGGACGCUGCUGAUUACAGGCUUCCCGAAUGUCGGCAAGUCGAGCUUUAUGAACAAAGUCACGCGGGCUGACGUGGACGUGCAGCCUUAUGCGUUUACGACCAAGGCGCUGUAUGUUGGUCACCUCGACUACAAGUACCUGCGUUGGCAGGUGAUUGAUACUCCAGGUAUCCUUGACCACGCUCUCGAGGACCGGAAUACGAUCGAGAUGCAGGCCGUCACAGCGCUGGCGCACUUGCAAGCGUCCGUCUUGUUCUUCAUGGACAUCUCUGAGCAGUGUGGCUUUACGAUUGAGCAGCAGCUGAGUUUGUUUGAGAACAUCCGACCGCUUUUUGCCAACAAACCGCUCGUGCUUGUGUGCAACAAGAUCGAUCAAAUGCGUUUUGAUGCGUUGUCCGACGAUCAUCAAAGUAUGAUAAACACGGCCGUGGAAGAGACAAAGGCCAAGUUCUUUACAAUGUCGAACCACUCGGAGGAGAAUGUCAUGGAGGUCAGGAACUACGCGUGUGAUGAGCUGCUGACGCACCGUGUGAACUCCAAGGUCAAGGGCAACAAGGUGGCCGAUGUGCUGAACCGUCUCAGCGUAGCCAUGCCGGUAGCUCGUGAUGAUGUGCAGCGUGAGAUUACCAUUCCAGCAAGUGUCCUUGCAGCACGCGAGAAGCCAAACAGCGUGACGCCGCGUACUCUGUUGAAAGACAAGAUGAACGCGAAUGGUGGUGCUGGAGUGUACUCUUUCAACUACAAGGAGCACUACAGCGGUAUGCUUCGCAACGAAGACUGGACCAAGGACGCUAUUCCUGAGAUCUGGAAUGGCAAGAAUAUUGCCGACUUUGUGGAUCCAGAGAUUCUGAAGCGCCUUGACGCCCUAGAGCGGGAGGAAGAUGAGGCCAUGGCAAGUAAUGUUCCUAUGGACGAGGACGAAGAAAUGAGUGACCUUGACGACGAGCAGAAGGACAAGGUCGCUCGCAUUCGCGAGAAGAAGGCCAUCAUUGUCGCUGCGCACCGUCAAAAUAAGAACAAGAACCACUCAAGUGUUGCUCGGAAAGUGCUGGCCAAGCGUCGCACACUGACCGACACGAAAAAGGAGCUUGAGGCUCUUGGCGUGGACACAAGUCACAUGAAGCACGCCGAAGCAGUCGUGGCGAAGCGAAAAGCCGACGACGAAAGUCGUGGCCGUAAGCGCAACCGCGAAGACAUGGAUGUGGACAUGGAGGACGCGACCGAAUCCUCUGACUUUCGUGUGCGUGCUCGAGCCAAGUCAGCACAGCGCUCCAAAUCCAAGAAUCGCUCCCAGUCUCUUGUUGCGCCGCGUGACAAGUCGGGUUUCGGUGACGAUGCCUCCAUGGCUGCAGUCAAGUAUGCUACAAGACUCACACAGCGCAAGGCUGCCAAGAUGGGUCGUGCCGGCGAGGCAGACCGGAUAUCAGUUCCAAAGCUGGCGAAGUGGCAGAACUCGGGCAAGCGUGGCCAUGGCAGCACGAAUUCCCGUUAA